GGUUGAUAUUGUAAGAUUCUUUCAUUGAUUGAAAGCAUAUAACCGAUCUGCUGAAAAUGAUUGUCAUCAAAUAUCAUUCUUUCUUUUUAAUUGGCUACUACCUCCCCUACAUAUCCUGGUUUGUUGAGUAGGAAUAAGAAAUUGGAUUACCGGUAUGUUAGACUCUUUUACACCGUGAAGUGCCAGCUAUGACUGGUUGAUUAUUUAGAGGUUUACUUUUGAGAGCUCAACAGGUUGUUGCCAGUGAUAUUUUUGUGCAUCUAACUUUCUAAGUGGAAUAUGGCUACCAAGGAAAUGCCAGUAUUAUUGAGGGACAUAAAACCUGCAAUUGUCAAGCAGGAAUUAUGUCAUAUUUUAGAUUCACACCUACAAAGAAAGAACUGGAUGAGCCUUGCGGGAUUGCUUGGAUUCACCAAUGAUGACAUCGCCAUGUUCCAGCGUUGCAUGCUGCGUCCAGGAGGUAGUCCUACAGAUGAGAUGUUGACUACGUGGGACUAUGAGAACCACACCAUUGAAGAACUAUAUCUCAAACUCUAUGAGAUAAAACAUGCAAGGUGCAUGAUGUUUCUCAAAGACUUUGUGAGACCUGACUUGCAUUACUUGAUACAGAAGAUUACACACAGUGACCCACUGGUCCCUGAGCCACCUGUCAUGAAUGUUGGUCAACCAGUAAACCAGUUUCAACAAAGACCAGUCAAUAUUCCACCGGGUCAUGAAAAUCAGUUUCCAAUGCAUAAGCCUCAGCCAUCAUCCCAGCAAAGUCCACACUAUCCUCCUCAAAUCCAAAAUCACCCUCAACUCCCGCAACAGCAGCAACAGUGGGGGCAACAGACUAGUGGCAGAACUCCUUCAACUGCCAGCUACCACAGUCACAUGAACCCUGCCUUCCAGCCUGUGGACCAGAGAAUGAUGAUGUCCACAAGACCGCAGCAAGAUGGUUACAAUGCUUCAAUGCAACCCAACUACAGGCAGGAGUACCCAGCAGGGCCUCGGCACCAAGGUCAAAACGAUCUGAUGAGGGUGCCGUCAGAGCAUCCUCUAGGUGGCCCACAGCGUUACCAGUCUCAUUACUCGAACAAUGAUAACUUGGCUAUCCCAUCUGCUGUGUCCCCGGAGUGCCUUCAAGCUUCAAGGCAGCCCAUCUUUCAGUCGCUUCCUCAAUCGAAUCCCAUUCAACAUCCACACUCUGCUACCCCAAGUCAAGCUAGCAGUGUAGACCAAUGUCUAAGUGCAACCAUCAAAGUGCCGUAUGAAAAACUGCGCAAAGCUACAGAGAACUUCAGUGCUGCCCGAAGACUGGGGUCAGGAGCAUUUGGGGAAGUGUUUCAUGCUCAGCUUGAUAUGAUAGAUGUGGCUAUCAAGAAGAUCAUCAAGAAUGAGAAUGUCAAGUUUAACGAGUCAAUGAUAAGAGGAGAUCAAAUCAAGGAAAUUGAAGCUCUUACAAAGUACCGCCACAAAAACAUUGUUUCCUUGACUGCGUAUUCUUUUGGAGAGGACUGCAUUUGUCUGAUAUUUGACUUCAUGAAAAAUGGUUCCUUGGAAUACCAGUUGGAGGGCAGGGCUCCACAGGGACCUUUGGAAUGGCAUAGAAGGCACAUGAUAGCAGAAGGGGCAGCCUUGGGUAUACAGUACCUCCAUACAGCGGAUAGUGCUGUGCCCCUUAUACACCAAGAUAUCAAGAGUGCAAACAUCCUUCUGGAUGAGAACUUUGUUCCUAAGAUUGCAGACUUUGGUCUAGCCAGACCAGGUCCUACCCAGGGGAAGGAGUACACUACUAUUAAGACCAGUGUGGUGUUUGGUACCAAAGCCUACUUGGCUCCGGAGUUUAUGCGGGAUCCAAAGCGAAAGCUCUCAAAGAAACUUGAUGUUUACAGCUUUGGUGUUGUCCUUCUGGAGUUAGUGACAGGAGAGAAAGCAGGACAAGCAAAGAAAAGAUUUGGGACUCAUGAAAUACUGUGGAGAAGUGUUGACAAGAUAAUGUAUGCCAAUGAGGGGAAUCCCCAAGCUGCUGCUAAGAUCUUGCAGGAUCCCAAGUGUCUAGUCUGGCCCUCCAAGUACAUGAUGGAGCUGGUUGAAUUAGCCAUGGAUUGUCUCAAGGACUUCAAGUUCAGACCAGAGAUGGAAAAGGUCAUCCUGACAUUGUCAGAGAUGGGAGUAAGGAUUGAUCAAGAAGAGAGACAUAGGUCUUCAAGAACUCAAAAUUUUCCCAUCGAAAACACAGAUCCUCUGGAGCAUGGCAAGGCUGUGGAAUCCUCAGAUCCUAGUCAGAUGACUGAAGGCCAGGACCAGUAUGGAGCUAACGGAAGGCCUGGGGUGCAGCAGUUGGAGGGUGACUAUAGGAACGAGAACCCAAAGUAUGAAAACUAUUGUGGCUUUCAGGUAUUGGCCAAUGGUCCUAAAGUACAGGGUAAUGUGAAUAAUGAGAAACCGCACACUCAAGAGUCAAGAUAUGAAUUGCCAGAAAGUAGAUUGAACCAGAUCCCUUUCCAAGAUCAUCACCAGAUGAAGGAAGGAGGACUAAGACAGGAUGAAAUGUGUGCAAGGGAGAGGCAGUUUCAGAUGCAGCAGCAGCUACACUACCACAACCAACAGAGGUAUGAACAUCAGUAUCUGUCGCCGGCUGUUUCGGCAUCAGGUAACUCCUGUAUGGACAGGAACGCACCCCCAUCCCAGAGCAGCAUGUCCCAAUCUCCUGGAUCGUCCUACCCAAGCUGCGUUGAUUCAUUCAGUGUCUCAUCUUCAUCGGAUGCAUCAUGCGCACGCUUCCAGGGACCAUACCUGGGGCAUCCUGGAGACUAUUACCCAGUACAGCCCCAGGGACAGUACGCAGAUCAUAUGAAUCCUCAUCUGAUGCAUCCAUCAAACGUGCCCCGUCACACAAGACAAGACUUCAACCACAUGGUAGAUGGUCAGUAUGAGUACCAUGGCCAACAUCCAGGCUUUGGACCUUGUCCAAUGGGAAGUCCAGGACCUCAGGAUGUUGGUUACCACCAACAACCCAACAAGGAGAGAGAUGAGGACUUGAACAGCAAGGGAUCUGCUGACUCCACACCGGUGUCCUCCUCCUCAAGCUCUGCUGCUGUCUCCUCUUCCGACUCUCCCAGAGCUUCGCCGUACCCCAGGAUGCCCACUUUGAAUAUAACAGCUCUUUCCAUGCAGUCUAGCGAUACCUCUAAUUUCACAGGAGAUACUUCCCUCUCAGAAUCAAGCAAAGAUCUUCCUCAGAAUGAAGGUGGAGGAGAGUCAGGAGACAGUAAGGCAGAGGAGAGUUGUCAAAGAGAGCGCAUUGGAAUGUUACAGAGUGGAAGAGAGGAAGGUAUGGAGCAGAGUAAUGAGGUACACAGGAGAGAACCUGGUGAGAAUACAGAGCCACAAACACAACCUUGUCUGUGAGAAGCUAUCUUUUAUUUUAUUUUAAAUUAUUAGCAUCUGUAUCUGUAAAAAAAAAAUGAAGCUUUAUUGAAUCACAUAGAUAAAGAAAAAAUAAAAUGAACUCAACUUUUAUCUGUGGCAUGAAAGUGUCUACUAGUAUUUGAUACACAAACAAACUUUAUUAAUUCCAUCAUUGUUAGAUUAGAGAUGUAAUUUCAUGUCUAUUUUUUAUUCUCUACAAUAUAUUUUUUUAUCAGAUUUGUAUAAAGAUUUACAUUUAGUUUCUCAGACUUCUCAAAUUAAAAAAAAUAAGGUACUCAGAAACAUUAUCCAAGUUAUAAAAUGGAAAACUUUUAAUCUUGCAUUGUAAAUUAAGCCUGCCUGGUACUUGCUUCUUCAUUUGUGGAUAAAAACCUGUUUCCGUGGGAUCAUUGUGAAUAUGCCUAUUAGGUGAUGGUAAUGAAAUGUUGGUACAUGUAAUUGCAAAGUUUCAUAUUUUGAUUACCGUAGGUAGAGAAAAUGGGCGUAUUGAUGUACAUUCUUAGUUUUGAGAUCAGGGCCCUUUCUUGUGAGAAAAGUUGCGAUUGAUUCUAAGCGAUCGUAACUUGAUAUAUCAAGCACAACUCUGUACGAAGAAGAUUAUAUGUUUGCGAUUGAUUGAAGGCCUUGCAAUCAAUCAGGAUCAAUGCAAAUCUUUUAUAUACGAGUCUGUGUAUUAUUACUGCAUUUACGACUACUGGCUUGAUUUCUUUGACCUCUGUAUAUUUUACCACAUACCAAAACCAUACGGCAGACAUUCAUCCGUAUUCCUGAACAUGAUGUCGUUUUUAGUGAGUUUGUGGCUGUUUAUCAUUAAAUGAAAAACAAAACUCAAUAUUACAUUAAGAGAGAUACAUAUUUUUCAAGUGUCUAACUUUGAAGUAUGAAUCAAUAAUCACUACAAAUAAGCAUUGAUAAAAAAAAGAAGAAGAUGAAUACUAAAGCACAUGAGGAAUAUAAUUAUGUAGGUGAGACUGAGAAAAUACAGAUUGAUGAGUAGUAUUAUUGAUAUAGGCUUCCAUUGUAUUCAUGUAGGAUAUUAUUUUCAUUAGACACAUUGGUUGGUUAAAACAAGAAAUGUGUGCAUGCAUUGUUUUGUGAAUGGUCAAUAUUCUCUUCAACUUCAGAGGCAAAAUAAUUCAAUCACAAUUGACUGAAUGUGAAAUUUCUGCAAUUCCUGACUGUUUCCUAUUGGGGAAUGUAUCUAGUGUUACAGUAUAUGUAUUUUCCAUGUUGCCUGAAAUGAUCCAAGGUUUGUAAACUUUUUAUCUUUUUUGAGCAAUGUUUUUACCGUACUUGUUUGAGCUAGGUAUAUGAGAUGAAUUAUGUGAGCAGCAUACAGGAAAAGUGAACAUUGUACAUACAUGUAGUGAAUUAAUUUAGCAUUUUCGCUAAUCUUAAAAAGAACAGCUUAUCAAAGCUCUGUUUAUCAAUAUUUUGAAAAAAUUUCAAUAAUGUGCACCUCAACUCGAGAUGGGAAUGAAUUCAUGAAUUUCUUGGGAAAAAAUCAAAAGCUGGAACCAAAUGUAGGCGUCUCUUGUCAUUUUAUUUGUGAUAUACGAAGCUGUUGCACUUUUCAAUACUUUCAAUUUCAUUUAUCAUCUAGAUUCUUGGAAACUUGUUCAUAUGUACAGAGAGAGAGGGUCAAUCCAUGUUAUUUAUGUAUUAAAUAUGUACAUGAGGUAUUUCUAUGUAGGAGCCUUUUCAAUGCCUGCCAUGUAUUAGUGCAUGUUUGCCAGUCAUUAGAAUAAUCUAUUCUUCUUCAUAGGUUUUUCAUUUAGUUUUAUAUGGGAUACCAUUUUUUUUUUAUUAAUACAUGAUUAUUAUUAUCUAAACAAACAUUCCUUGCCUAUAGGUUCUUUAAUUCUUUCAAAUUGAAGCAAAUUUUUUUUAUUGAAUGUAUAUUUUGUCUACAAAAGGAGAAGAGAGUGCAUUUCUGUUGUUUUAAUACUUUAAUUUGGCUUAUUGUCUUAGUACAUGAAUUUUAAAUGCAAGUUUAUAAAUGAGCAAGUGUAAUAUGUAUGCAAUCAUGAAUUUCUAAAAGCUUAGAGCUUUUAUAAUUAAAAUAUAAUCAUCAAAUUA